AUGGCGGCGUUUGUGCGGAUAUCCGGUCCGCCCAAUAGCAACUUCCUCGUGGGCUACCCGGGCAUAUCGGCGACGCUGCCGCGAAUAGAAGGAAAAGUCGAGAUCCGCCCCGGCGUCGGGGUGUCCGCCCCCGUGCAGGUGUCCCUCGUCACCAUCGCGCUCAUGCGGAAGGAAACCAUCCACCCGUCCGCCGACUCCAUCACGAAAAAGCGGCUGGCGGCUCCGCGUAAGGAGAUCACGGACCUGGUCGGCAAGGAGCGGUUGCUGUAUCGCUGCCCCACCGGCAAGGAGUUCGAGAACGUCAUGGCCAUGGACCUGCCGUUCGUUAUUUUUAUCCCGUACGGGCGAGGGGGGGAGGAGGUCAGUCGCCGAGUACCCCCGGCGAGCCUGCAGUUGGCGAGUCGGACCGCCGAAACAUAUUACGAGCUCGUCGUCACGGUGCAGCAAGGGGCGCAGGACCAGAAGAAGCACACGACGCCCGUCCCUAUAUUACGAUACGAUACACUGUCAACAUUCGGCAUGUACAAUCGCCCCGAAUCCGCGGAGCGGGUGACGGACCAUCUGGUCACGUUGGGCAUCUCAUUACCACGGUGGUCCUACGGCCCGCUGGAUCCGAUCAGCGUGUACAUCAAACUGAGCCCGAACCGGGACUGGAUGAACAAAGCGAAGAAGGUCACCAUCCAAAAGAUCACCAUCGGUAUCGACGAGGAGGUCGUCUACAACCACGAGGGCGACGAACCGACCAUCAAAACCAAAUCCAUCGCCCGCACCAGCCAAGCCGUCAACGUCAAGAUGCCCGAAGCCGGCUACUUCACCAACCUCGGCCUCGUCUUCCCCGCCAAGGACCUUCGCGACAGCGACGGGAUAAUACCGCGCGGGAAGAAGGAAUUCCCGCUGUACCCCGUCAGCGGGUUUACCACCAUCGGCACGCUCUACAAGAUCCAAUACUUCCUCACCGUCAAAGCCCACAUGUCCUCCGCCCGCGACAUCCUCCUCCGCCAACCUAUCGUCGUCUGCCCCUUCGACCACACCAGCUGCAAAGAGGAGAUGGAGGCCAUCGAGCAGGCGGCGCGCGACGCUGCGCACGUCAGCCCCGAUAACCCCAUGCUCCCGGCGUCGAGCGUCAUCAAGGCCAACGAUUCGAACGGGCUGCAGGCGCUGGGGAUGACGAUGGUGGGCGGGCUGCGGAAGCCGCUGAUCGAGUAG